AAGCUCCGAAACUCACCAUGAACACUAAGGUCUUCAUCCUCCUGGGCCUGGCAGCCAUUGCUGCUGCCGACAGCUUCGAGUCCUUCGAAUACAGACCACCAAGUAGGUCCUCUGAAUCCUUCGAGUCGUAUGAGUCAGGUGAGGCCAAGUACGACUUCAACUGGGCCGUCAGCCACGAUCCCUCAAGCAACGAGUUCGGACACCAGGAGGCCCGUGACGGCGACGACACUCAGGGAUCUUACUACGUGCAGCUCCCCGACGGCCGCCUGCAGACCGUCAAGUACUUCGUGGACGGCGACUCCGGCUACGUGGCUGAGGUCAACUACGAGGGCGAGGCUUCCUUCGAGUCUGGUUCUGCUGAAUCUCGGGAAUAUAGAUACGUGUACGACUCCAACGAGUCCAAGUAAAUCGCUAGUCAUGCCUGAAUUCUGACGUUUGCUGAUAACUAAGGACCUUAUUGUUCAUCCUGUACAAAUAUUUAUUGAACUAUAUAAACUAUUGCAAUGAA